AUGGCCCAGUCUGAAGCUAAUGGCCUCAGCCCGGACCUCUCCAACGGAGCCAUCAUCCACAGCCCUAUAGGAACCUGUACCGACCCGGAUACACAGAGACAACGAGAUGAAGAGGAGGAGGAGGAGGAGGAUGUAGAACUUGCAGAGGAGGUGUUGGAACUGGGGGAGGAGGUGGGCGAGGACAUGGAGGACAUUGGGCUGGCAGGUGAGGGUAAGGGAGGUGCAGCUGAUCAUUUCGAAGUGAUGGUGCAAGCUAAUGGGAGUGGAGGAGAGGAGGGAGAGGAGGGAGAGAGGGGGAUUGAAGAGAAGGAGGUUAGUUUCCAGGAAAAGAGAGAGGGAGGUAAAAGAGAGAGGGAGCUGACCGUGCCAGUUGUUGUAAUUGAAGAGGAGCAGGAGAAAUCUGUAGAGGCUGUAGAAGAAGAGAAGUCUGCUGAGAGAGAGGAGGAGUCAGCAGGGGCGGACAAAGGGAGAGAAAUAGAGGAGAGCGAACCUCCUCUCCCCCCACCACCCCCUAGUUUACCUGACCAACCUGUUCAGACCACUGAGAUAGCUACAGAACACUCACACGAGAAGGAGGGAGGAGAGAGGGAAGAGGAGGGAGGAGAGAGGGAAGAGGAGGGAGGAGAGAGGGAAGAAGAGAAGGAGUCAGUCACUCUGUGUGUGGAGGAGGGAGAGGUGAAGGAGACAGCGGGGAGAGAAACUGAGUCCAUUAAUGAUGAGGUAGAGAGGAAAAAUGAAGAGACAUCUCCAGAGGCAGAAAAGGCACAAAUAGUUUUGCCUGUUGAUAAGACAGAGGACGAUGUCGAUUUGACGACAACAGAACCGCCAGUCCCGUCCACUGAUGAUGAGGUGGAGAGUAAAGAAGGGCUGUGUACAGAGAGUCAAAAGCCAGAAACUAAAUCCACUACAGAUGAGUUAGCGAAGGAAGAGCAGAGUGGCGGUGAGGACCCAGAGAUGCCCAUCAGCCAGGCGACUAAUGAUGAUGGCAUGGCGAGAGUGAGUGAUGAAAGCGGGAGUCAAGUGACUGAGGACUGUCAAACUGUGUCCACUAGCGAUGAGGUCAGAGAGACACGGCAGGAGGAAGGACAGGAAGAGGAUCCUAAACAUCAGCCAGCCAAUGACAAUGAAGGAGAGAGUGAGGAAAGUAAGAAUGUAGUGUCAGAGAAUCAACAGGUUGCACAAGAAGAGAGGGAUGAGAAGCAGCAGGGAAGUGAGAACAGUACAGAGAAAAAAGAGGAGGAGGUUACAAGCCCUGUUACAGAGGGACAGGGAGAGACCACUAAAGAAGACGUUUUAGAGAAAGAAGAGGAGGGGCAUCAAGCGACAGAGCACCAGCCCCCGUUGUUCGUUACUGAUGAGGUCAUAGAGACCGGAGUUGUCAAGAGUCAGGCAACCACGGCUCAACAGCCACAGGAUGUUGUCACUCCACCUGUUGAGGUAGAGGGAGGGAGCAAGAGCAAGGAACAGCCACUGAUACAGCCCGGUGAGAGUCAGGGGGGUGAGAAUGGAGCUAAAGAGGAGGGAGGUUUACAACAGACAGAACAGCAGCUACAGGUCGAAGAGGGUGACAGUGAAAGGGCAGUGGAAGGAGGUGGUGGGGAGAGGGAAGAGCCACAACAGGUUAGGGAUGAUGCGGUGGCGGGGAUGGACACAGGAGGCAGCAAAGUAGAGGAGGAGCAAAAGAAGGAGGAUAAUGUAGAGAUAGCAGAGGAACAGAGAAGAGGUGGAGGUAUGGAGGAACAGACGGAAAAGGCUUUGGAGCCUGAUAAUGCUGCCAGACAAGAGGAGGAAGAGAAAGAAGUUAAAGUUGUAGCUCAGCCACAGGUACAGAUACUCAAAUGUUCAGCAGGAGACACACAGGAGGAGGAGGAUUUAGAGCAUGUCGAGGAGGCUUUCGAGCUUGAGGAGGGAGGAGACAUGGAGAAAGAACAGCCAGGAGAGGUCAUUCUGGAUGAGCCCAGAGCUACAGAGGUGGGAGGGGCUGAAGAGAUGGAACAUCAGGCUCCGGUCUCAGAGAUAGGGACGGGAGGAUCAGAGGGAGGGGGUGAGUUGGAGGAACAGCCAGUGACAAACAUUGACGAUAAUCUAGACUCCCAAUCAGAGGGAGCGAUUGAGAUGGCGGAAGAGCCAGAGGAUCUCAUUGAGGAUGAGUCUAAACCUGCAUUAGAGGGAGGCAGCGAGAGUGUAGAACAGCCAGGGCCUGUCACUAAGGAUGAGCCAGUAAAGGUAGGGAAGGAAGACACAGCGAAGGAAAGAAGGAAAGAGAAGGAAGAAGAGGUGGAGCUAGGGGUCAAAGGUCGCAAAGCCAGGAUAGAGAAUGGGUUCCCUGGAACAGAGGAGUUGAAACGACAACUGCUGAAUGAGAUGCUGCUAUCUCCCACAAGGCUGAAACAAGGAGAAAUGAAAGAAGAGGUGACAGUAAAAAGAGAUAGGGUCACGCCCCGCAGAAGGAGCGACGACUGGAUCAAGAAGGCGGCCCCAGAGGAGGUGCAGACCCACAGAGGGAGUGACGACUGGAUCAAGAAGGCAGCCCCAGAGGAGGUGCAGACCCGCAGAGGGAGCAACGACUGGAUCAAGAAGGCGGCCCCAGAGGAGGUGCAGACCCGCAGAGGGAGCGACGACUGGAUCAAGAAGGCGUCCCCAGAGGAGGUGCAGACCCGCAGAGGGAGCGACAACUGGAUCAAGAAGGCGGCCCCAGAGGAGGUGCAGACCCGCAGAGGGAGCGACGACUGGAUCAAGAAGGCGGCCCCAGAGGAGGUGCAGACCCGCAGAGGGAGCAACGACUGGAUCAAGAAGGCGGCCCCAGAGGAGGUGCAGACCCGCAGAGGGAGCGACGACUGGAUCAAGAAGGCGUCCCCAGAGGAGGUGCAGACCCGCAGAGGGAGCGACGACUGGAUCAAGAAGGCGGCCCCAGAGGAGGUGCAGACCCGCAGAGGGAGCGACGACUGGAUCAAGAAGGCGGCCACAGAGGAGGUGCAGACCCCCAGGAGGAGGGAGGACUGGGCCAAGAAGGAGGCCCCAGAGGAGGCGCAGACCCGCAGAAGGAGCGACGACUGGAUCAAGAAGGAGGCCCCAGAGGAGGGGCAGACUCCUGGGAGGAGGGAAGACUGGAUCAAGAAGGAGGCCCCAGAGGAGGCGCAGACCCGCAGAAGGAGCGACGACUGGAUCAAGAAGGAGGCCCCAGAGGAGGCGCAGACCCCCGGGAGGAGGGAAGACUGUAUUAAGGAGGCCCCAGAGGAGGCGCAGAACCCUGGGCGGAAGGAGGACUGGAUUAAGAAGUUGUCACCAGAGGAGGCGCAGACCUAUGGGAGGAGGGAGGACUGGAUGAAGGAGCUGAAGUCGGUGAUCAAAGAGGAGGUGCGUUCCCCGAAGAGGAGAGAGGAGCCGGUGAAGAAGAAGAAGGUGGUGCUCAUGGAGGAGGUGCCCACAUUCAUGCACCAGAGGAAAGAGGUGAAGAUAGAGGUGAAGAAAGAGGAGGCAGCGCAGGGGGAGGGGGAGGUGAAGACGGUGAAGAAGUCUGUGAGGCUGCAGAGCCCAACCCCUCACGAGGAACGCAGCGACAGUCCGGACCCCCAGGAGUACGAGAUCUCCCUCUAUGUCAAGGUACAGUAGCACCAAGGGUUAACUAUGGGUUAACUAUGACGUUCAGAACGUUGCAGAUAGACAUGUAAUGAAUAGAGCUGACACAAUUCCCUUUUUUAGAUGACAGGCAAUCAUAUACAGUUGAAGUCAGAAGUUUACAUACACCUUAGCCAAAUACAUUUAAACUCAGUUUUUCACAAUUCCUGACAUUUAAUCCUAGUAAAAGUUCCCGGUCUUAGGUCAGUUAGGAUCACCACUUUAUUUUAAGAAUAUGAAAUGUCAGAAUAAUAGUAGAGAGAAUUAUUUAUUUCAGCUUUUAUUUAUUUCAUCACAUUCCCAGUGGGUCAGAAGUUUACUUACACUCAAUUAGUAUUUGGUAGCAUUGCCUUUAAAUUGUUUAACUUGGGUCAAACGUUUCGGGUAGCCUUCCACAAGCUUCUCACAAUAAGUUGGGUGAAUUUUGGCCAUUCCUCCUGACAGAGCUGGUGUAACUGAGUCAGGUUUGUAGGCCUCCUUGCUCGCACACGCUUUUUCAGUUCUGCCCACAAAUUGUCUAUAGGAUUGAGGUCAGGGCUUUGUAAUGGCCACUCCAAUACCUUGACUCGUUGAACCUUAAGCCAUCUUACCACAACUUUGGAAGUAUGCUUGGGGUCAUUGUCCAUUUGGAAGACCCAUUUGCGACCAAGCUUUAACUUCCUGACUGGUGUCUUGAGAUGUUGCUUCAAUAUAUCCACAUAAUUUUCCUUCCUCAUGAUGCCAUCUAUUUUGUGAAGUGCACCAGUCCCUCCAGCAGCAAAGCACCCCCACAGCAUGAUGCUGCCACCCCGUGCUUCACGGUUGGGAUGGUGUUCUUCGGCUUGCAAGCAGCCCCCUUUUUCCUCCAAACAUAACGAUGGUCAUUAUGGCCAAACAGUUCUAUUUUUGUUUCAUCAGACCAGAGUACAUUUCUCCAAAAAGUACAAUCUUUGUCCCCAUGUGCAGUUGCAAACCGUAGUUUGGCUUUUUUAUGGCGGUUGUGGAGCAGUGGCUUCUUCCUUGCUGAGCGGCCUUUCAGGUUAUGUCGAUAUAGGACUCGUUUUACUGUGGAUAUAGAUACUUUUGUACCUGUUUCCUCCAGCAUCUUCACAAGGUCCUUUGUUGUUAUUCUGGGAUUGAUUUGCACUUUUCGCACCAAAGUACGUUCAUCUCUAGGAGACAGAACGCGUCUCCUUCCUGAGCGGUAUGAUGGCUACGUGGUCCCAUGGUGUUUAUACUUGCGUACUAUUGUUUGUUCAGAUGAAAGUGGUACCUUCAGGCGUUUGGAAAUUGCUCCCAAGGAUGAACCAGACUUGUGGAGGUCUACAAAAAAAAAUUCUGAGGUCUUGGCUGAUUUCUUUUGAUUUUCCCAUGAUGUCAAGCAAAGAGGCACUGAGUAUGAAGGUAGGCCUUGAAAUACAUCCACAGGUACACCUCCAAUUGACUUAAAUGAUGUCAAUUAGCCUAUCAGAAGCUUCUAAAGCCAUGACAUCAUUUUCUGGAAUUUUCCAAGCUGUUUAAAGGCACAGUCAACUGGAAUUGUGAUACAGUGAAUUAUAAGUGAAAUAAUCUGUCUGUAAACAAUUGUUGGAAAAAUUACUUGUGUCAUGGACAAAGUAGAUGUCCUAACCGACUUGCCAAAACUAUAGUUUGUUAACAAGACAUUUGUGGAGUGGUUGAAAAAAUGAGUUUUAAUGACUCCAACCUAAGUGUACGUAAACUUCCGACUUCAACUGUAUGUUCUAUCUACAAUACACACUGUGUAGUACACAGUACAUUUAUAUCUGAAUGUUCUCUUAUGUUGCAUCUUCCUGAAAAGGCCCCAGUGCUUCCUGGUCCUGGAGAGCUACAGGCUAUAUCAAUCAGCUGAUUACCUGAAUCAGGUGUGUUAGCCUGUACAUCCUGUGGGUGCUCAGGACCAGGACUGAAGAACACUGAGGGGUGUGGUCUCUGCCAUUGUCUCUGUGUAUUGCCAACUCCACUUGUGGCAGAAUAUAGUUUAGCAUGUAUUUAAAGUCAAGUGUAGCUUCUAUUCAGGUAACGGCUAAAGGAUUUAUCUGUCCACAUGUCACAACAAAACAGACCCACCCCUUCUCUUAGAAGAGCUUUAAUAGUGGACAAUCUCCUUCUUUCUUUCUCGCUCUCUAUCUGUCUCCCUCUCUCAUAUUGUACUCAAAUCAGUGUUUCAGAAUCCUAGAGAAUUAUCUACUUAGCUCGUAAUGGAACUUUCCUGUCAUCUUGUUCUAUAGAUUACAAAUAGGGCUACAUGUAGCGUGCUAGCUAGCAUCAUAGGAAAACCCAUGCCAGUCCUUAGCCACUAGACCUAGCCUGCCUUUUAGCUUAUUUUAGCUACUUAGUGUCUGGUCUCUGGUCAUGUUCAGUUGGUCAUAAAGGCUAGCUCAGACACUGUCCGGUCAAAGCCCCAGGCAUUGUUCUGUUGUGGUGGUUGCUUCUCCUCUGGCUGGUUUAAAGUAACACGAUUUGACAACUUAAAAUGGCCGCCUGUCGGGAUUCGUUGAGAGUGAGAGGCCGUUGUUAUCAUUAGCCUACUUUCUGUGGCCUGUUCUUCUUUACUACCGAGUGUAGCGACAUGGCAACAUACCAUGAAACUGGCUUCGCUUCAGAUCUUUGCCUGGUAAAUAUACUGUAAGGUAGUAGUUAGCAGGUCACUUAAAUUACGUUGUAAUAAAGACACUGUUUGGCCCUUCAGGUCAGAGGUUGUGUAGUUAGGAGAGGACAGGAUCGGAAGCUGUGUGUCUGGCCAGUGAAGUAUUAGCCUGCUGGACUUUAUUCAUAAACACACCGCCAUUUUGAAAAUCUGUUGCUAAGGAAACAUCAAGCAUGCUUGCGGUUUGGGUGUGAGGCAUGUUGUGUAAUAUUGCCUGUGUUAUGAUUGCAUGUGAGGUGUUUUGUUGGGGUUGUGUGUGAUUGUGUGUAAUGUCUGAAAAAAUGUAUGCACUCACUAACUGUAAGUCACUCUGGAUAAGAGCGUCUGCUAAAUGACUAAAAAUGUAAAAUGUCUGUUGGCAUGCUUGAGUCAUGUCGUUGGGUUGAGUGUGAUCCCACUGUGAUCCCCUUAUCUCAUCCCAUUAAGAGAGUGAUAUCCUACUGUAAUCCUACCCCUCUUUAGCUGAUUGCAACCCCCCCCCCCCCCCCCCCUCCACACACAGACUUGACGGCCCCAUUGUCCCAUGUGUGACUGUGUGUGAGGGGCAUUCUAGUAGUGUUAUUGGUGAGUGUUCUGGCACAAAAUAGCUGCCGUGGCAUCACCUGUGGCCCACUAUCAAUGUAAAGUGCUUUGAGAACUCGAUGGAGAGCACUACGUUGAGGCAAUCCAUCAUUACGCUCCAUUCCAGCCGCGACUGUAUUGCUUUGAGCCAUGCCUCUCUGGUCAGUUGUCUAUAAAAAGCCUGUUAUUAAAAAGUUACCUGACAUGGUACCUCAUUUGGCUCAAUUGGUUGGAGUGUGGCUCUCUAUAACAACCCCAGGCUUGUGGAUUUGACUCCCACAUGUGCUACAUAAUAUAUGUGCUAACCGUCAGUCGCUUAGAUAAAACCUCCUGCUAAAAACGUUGUAAGUCUGGAGUGCUGCAUGCCAUGGGCCCAGGACGUGACCAACACAACAAAGGCACAUUCCAGUGUUUGAUGAAGGUGCCCUGGCGCCCAGCUAAAGGAUUAAGCCUGGGGGAAAAUGUCCUAAUAUCCUGCCCUGUUCUCCCAGGGCGCCUGCUCACAUAAUACAAUAGACACCUUUAUCUUGCUCCUGGUGUGAGAGCAACCGGAGGUAUGCUCCAUGGCCAAGCAAGCUCCAACUGUGGCUUUCACCGGAGUUAGAGACUCAAGGAAAUUGCAUUCUCUCUCUCUCUCUCUCUCUCUCUCUCUCUCUCUCUCUCGUUCUCUCUCUCUCAUUCUCUCUCUCUCUCUCGUUCUCUCUCUCUCUCUCUCUCUCUCUCUCUCUCUCUCUCUCUCACAUAGUACACUAGAAUGGUCACUCAUUGCUGUGGGGUCGGAGUUCAAGUGUGAUGAAUCGCUGUUGGUUGGGUUUGUAAUGAUCUCAGUAGAAAUAUAUACGAUCAAACAAUCCUCUUUAUGUUGUUGACAGCUUUCUACCCAAUGAGGUACUUCUAUGAUAUGUACAGUAAGGUUGGUUGCCUACGAGGAGUAUGUUUUCAGUGUGUGUGUAUGUGCAUGCGUAUGUGUGUGCGUGUGUGUGUGUGUGUGUGUGUGUGUGUGUGUGUGUGUGUGUGUGUGUGUGUGCGUGUGAAACACAUUGCCCUUUUCCAUCAGGGUCAGAACAGGGCUGAGGAUUCCAUGAACUCCCACACACUGACCCCAGAAAAGGCCUCACACUGUUCCACCAGCCCACACAGAAACCAUACCCACAGAGACUGACUCUGGGUCAGUCAGUUGGGGCCUAUUGUUGCUGUUUUUUGAGGAUUGAUUAAAAUGUAUCCUGGUGCACCAAAGGAGGCUGAGUUUCUGCAUUGUAGGUUAUUAGGCCAGUGAAUGAGAUCAUCUAACUGGAAACAUAAGCUGAGGCUUUUGCAUCAGGGAUACAUUAUUGUAGAGGGGCACAUGGACCUGAUUACGUAUCUAAAAAAGUUUACACGUUGUUCUCUGUUUGGCAUGGGCUAUUAUUCAUUCAUCAGUACCUGUAGCUGAAACCAACACAUCAGAACUACAAUCUAUCAAAGUAAAUGAAAGACGCCCCACCAGACAGGGAAAACACCCAGACACUGUUUCUAUUAUGCUAGCCGUGUGUUGCUAACAAAGAGGGAGUGUGCUGUGCAAAACGUCUCACUGUCCUGCUCUGCAUAUCUUAACCCACCUCCCCUCCAUCUUACCACCCCAACCAUGGUCGCCCACAGCUACAGAACCUGACGACCCGGUCCGGUCUCAGCCAGCCCAGACAGAGCUCAAUAGGCAGGGAGACAGUAACUUUCACGAGUUUCGCUGACAGAACCGGACUGAUUGGAGGCAGAUUGAUUUACGGAUCGGGCUGUGUCUUUGGAGCUCUAGGUUAUGAGUCCAUAAACUGAAACCUUGACUUGUGUUGUCACCAUGGCCUGGUUUGACAUAGCAGCCAAAAAGCUGGGUUUCCCAACUAUCGAGCUGUUUGUCAAGGUAAGAGUUGAGCUUAAAGUAUGGAGGAAUUUGAUGCUGCUAAUGCUGGUGGUACUGUUGUUGCUGCUGCUGGUGCUGGUGCUGCUGGGGGUGCUGUUGUUGCUGCUGCUGGUGCUGGUGCUGCUGGUGGUGCUGUUGUUGCUGCUGCUGGUAGUGGUGCUGCUGGUGGUCCUGUUGUUGCUGCUGCUGGUGCUGGUGCUGCUGGUGGUGCUGUUGUUGCAGCUGAUGGUGCUGGUGCUGCUGGUGGUGGUGUUGUUGCUGCUGAUGGUGCUGGUGCCGCUGGUGGUGCUGUUGUUGCUGCUGCUGGUUCUGCUGCUGGUGCUGUUUUUGUUGUUGAUCUCUCAGGUUUGUUGAGGACCUCUAGUGGCAAGAGAACAUCAGGGCCGAAUCAGCUUGUGUGGGAGUGUGUUUUACCAGACAGGGAACAAUGACCAGGGCAUUUGUGAUUGGGGCCUGUUGUAUGUGUGUAUUUGAACUGUGUGUAUAUGAGUUGGACUGAACCCUUUGUGUGUCUCCUACUUAGGCUGGCAGUGAUGGUGAGAGCAUCGGGAACUGUCCGUUCUCCCAGCGCCUCUUCAUGAUCCUGUGGCUGAAGGGAGUCAUCUUCAACGUCACCACAGUCGAUCUCAAAAGGUAUGGAUCAUCGCAUCGGCAAAUACAUCCAUCAAUCAAUCAAUUGUGUUCUAUAUCAAGAUCAAGUCGAUUUGACGUACUUUCUUAAGACAUUCAACCAUUAAUGCUGGAUGAUGCUAAUGGAAGUACCCUGACCCAGGAACCUUGUAAUAACCCUGUAAGAACCCUGCAAUAAUGUGUUACCCAGGAAACCGUCGGACCUGCAGGACCUGGCCCCGGGGACCAACCCUCCGUUCGUCACGUUUAACGGGGAGGUGAAGGUCGACGUCAACAAGAUAGAAGAGUUCCUGGAGGAAAAACUCACGCCACCACGGUACACACCCACCACUUCCUGUCUAUUGCCUGUCAAUCAAACUACCACUUCCUGGAUUCAACUGACCAAUCCUGAUGUCUGAUAUAUCUUCCUCUUUCUCAGGUACCCCAAGUUGGCGACUAAACACCCAGAGUCAAACACUGCAGGUAUAGAUGUGUUCUCCAAGUUCUCUGCCUACAUCAAGAACCCCCGCAAAGAUACCAACGACGGUAAGGCUUGUGUUUGUGUGUGUGUUUGUGUGUGCGUGUGUGCAUGUUUGUGUGUACUGCGUGUCUCUGACUGUGAUUACAAUGUAUGUCUGUGUGUGUGCAUCUCUGUCUGUCUGUGUUCACUCACUGCAUACCGUGUGUGUGUGUGUGUGUGUGUGUGUGUGUGUGUGUGUGUGUGUGUGUGUGUGUGUGUGUGUGUGUGUGUGUGUGUGUGUGGUGUGGGGUGUGUGUGUGUGUGUGUGUGUGUGUGUAGGCCUGGAGAAGGCCCUGUUGAAGUCUCUGAGGCGGUUGGAUGAAUUUCUGAGGACCCCCCUGCCGGAGGAGAUCGAUGCCAACAGCAUAGACGACCCUCAGGAGUCCACACGCUGCUUCCUGGACGGACCUGACCUCACUCUGGCAGACUGCAACCUGCUGCCCAAACUACACAUUAUAAAGGUACUGCUGCCCAAACUACACAUUAUAAAGGUACUGCUGCCCAAACUACACAUUAUAAAGGUACUGCUGCCCAAACUACACAUUAUAAAGGUACUGCUGCCCAAACUACACAUUAUAAAGGUACUGCUGCCCGAACUACACAUUAUAAAGGUACUGCUGCCCAAACUACACAUUAUAAAGGUACUGCUGCCCAAACUAAACAUUAUAAAGGUACUGCUGCCCAAACUACACAUUAUAAAGGUACUGCUGCCCAAACUACACAUUAUAAAGGUACUGCUGCCCAAACUACACAUUAUAAAGGUACUGCUGCCCAAACCACACAUUAUAAAGGUACUACUUUAAUUACUUAUAUCCUCUAAAUCCUCACAUCAACACUGACCUCUAUCACUGAUCCAUAUGAGUUAUGCUUUGUUUCUCUCAAAGUGAUUCCCAUGUUUAGGCUACUUCCUGGUCUGUUUCAUGACAUCACCUGUGUCUCUGUCCUGUCCCAGGUGGUGGCCAGGAAGUACCGUGGCUUUGAGAUCCCGGCGGAGAUGGCGGGGGUGUGGCGCUAUCUGAACCACGCCUACAAGAGGGAAGAGUUUACCAACACCUGUCCUGUCGAGCGUGAGAUCGAAUUCGCCUACAUAGAUGUGGCCAAACGAAUCAAAUAG